AAUGAAAUUAUUUAUAGCAAUUAAAUAUUAGUUUAAUUUGUUACACAUUUCAUUCUUAUAGGGUGGGUGAUAUGGCUCGGUUGCCAUUAAGGCAAAAGAUGAGAUUGCAAGUUGUUGUCUUUAUUUUGCACAUAAGGAUCAUGAAAAGCAUGUUUAAUAUGCUUAUGUUUCUUGCUAUGACAUUAGUACUUAGACGAAGAAAGUUUAGGAGAACUUUGACAUAUGCCGAUCAAACAGCAUCUAGACAUAAUAUUAGAUCUUUGAAUUUACAAAAAAUGGUCUUUGAAAGUGAUGUGCAAUGUGUUGAUAAUUGUAUAAUGGAUAGGAGAACUUUAGCUAAAUUAUGUGAUUUGCUAAGGACUCAUGGUAACUUGAAAGAUAGUAGGAAUGCAACAAUCGAUGAGAUGGUGAUUUCUUUUCUUCAUAUAGUUGCACAUAAUAUAAAGAACAGAGUACUUAAACGUCAAACAGCUAGAUCUGGUGAGACUAUUAGUAGACAAUUUCAUGCUGUUUUGAACUCUAUUUUGAGACUACACAACAUGCUCCUUAGAAAACCAGAACCGAUACCCGAUAAUUCAACCUAUGAGAGGUGGAAGUGGUUUAAGGGUUGCUUGGGUGCAUUAGAUGGAACCUUUAUAAAAGUGAAUGUUGAAACAGUUGACAGACCUAGGUAUCGAACCAGAAAAGGUGAAAUUGCCACAAAUGUCUUAGGUGCUUGCACACCAGAUAUGCAAUUCAUCUAUGUAUUGCCAGGUUGGGAAGGAUCUGCAGCAGAUGGUAGAAUUUUUAGGGAUGCUAUUAGUAGAAUGAAUGGUUUAAAGGUUCCUCUAGGAAAUUACUACUUGUGUGAUGCUGGAUAUACAAAUGGGAAUAGAUAUUUAGCACCAUAUAGAGGUCAACGGUACCACUUAAAUGAAUGGAGGCAAGGUUAUCAACCUACAACAGCUAAGGAAUAUUUCAACGUGAAACACUCUCAAGCAAGAAAUUGCAUUGAGAGGUGCUUUGGCAUAUUAAAGGCUAGAUGGGCAAUCUUAAGAGACAAGUUGUUUUAUCCAGUUAAAACUCAAUGUAGGAUCAUUUCUGCUUGCUGCAUUCUCCACAAUUUCAUUAGGUCAGAAAUGCAUAUUGAUCCUAUAGAUAUUGAAGUUGGUCAAAAUGAGUGCAAUAAUUUUCAAUCUGAAGAAGAUGAUGAAGACUUGAUAAGGCGUUGUGAAACUAGUCAUGCUUGGACUGAAUGGAGAGACAAGCUUGCACAUGAGAUGUUUACUACUUGGCAGACUGAACAACAUUGAUUUUCUUCUAGAAAUACAACUUUUUGUUAUCAUUUUAGUUGUAAUUGAAGAAAAAUUGCAAACUGAAUUUUAUUUUAUAUGCAUUGCUGUAUUUUUUAGGUAUUCUAAACUGAAAUUUAUUUGAUAUUUAUUGCUGUAUUUUUGAAGUAUUCCAAACUGAAUUUUAUUUGAUAUUUUGUUUCAUUCAA